CAACAACACUCAAGACUCAUACUCAAAGAAGUGUCCAAAAAGAGCGAGAGAUAUCCCAAAUUUCUCUCUCUAAAAUCAACGCAUCGCAAUCUAUACAUACAUAUAUCUAUAUACAUAUAUAUGCAAGUGUUGUUGUUCUUCAAUCUAUCUGAAUUCGAGUGUGUAAUGAGAGAUAGAGACUUAGGGCAUAAUAGUGUUGGAGCAAAGUUAGGGUUUUUGGAUUUUGAUAGUGCGUUUGAGUUUGGUGAUACUCGUGUUGUUCGAUUGGUCGAUCUGUGAAUGGAUUCGAAGGAUUCUUCGUCGAAUUCAAUUGUUGCGGCGUCGUCGGCGGCGGCAGAAGACGAUGGAGUUUUGUCAGCUACCGCGGGGCUCGCGAAGGACGCCAGUGUAGCCUUUCAUUCGGGCAAGUUCUUGGAAUGCGUCGAUUUGUUGAAUCAGCUCUUGCAGAUAAAAGAUGACGAUCCAAAGAUUCUUCACAAUAUUGCUAUUGCAAGGUACUUUCAACACGGUUGUUCAGAUCCCAAGAAGUUACUUGAAGUUCUUAAUAAUGUCAAGAAACGAAGUGAUGAGCUUGCUGAUGCAUCCAGCGAAAAUGCAGAUGCGGUUGGCAAUUUGGGCAACAAAAUUGCAUUGGGAUCUAAAGGAACCAAUAGUGUGGCACAUCAAUUUUCCAGUGCAAAUAGUUCACAUGUUUAUGGCGAUGAAUUUGACACUUCUCUGACAAUGUUAAAUAUAGCAGUUAUCUGGUUUCAUCUUCAUGAAUAUGCGAAGGCCUAUUCCAUUCUUGAUUCUUUAUAUCAAAAGAUUGAACCAAUAGAUGAGGCAACAGCUCUUCAUAUUUGCCUUUUGUUCCUGGAUGCUGCAUUAGCUUCCCAUGAUCCGUGGAAAUUUGUUGAUGUAAUUAAUUAUGUGGAGAAAGCUUAUUGUUUCAGUAAUUUGAUCAGUCAAAGUGACAAUGGAAGCUCCACGACACAACAAUCUUCUAACCUGGUGGUGAAAUCUUCUUCGCUUCCAAGCAAUUCAAACGCCACGGAUGUUUCUAAUUCUGAUUCAGUUGCUAAUUCAAAUUCCUCAGAAAGUCCUUUUUCUAGAACUUUAUCAGAGGAAAAUCUCGAAAGCCUAAUUUCAAGUAUCGACAUGAGUGGACAGAACCUAGCAAGACCAUCAGGCGUAUCGACCAAUGAUCUUUCAAGAACUCCAGCUGAUCAUUCAAUUUCAACCAGUGAUCUGAGAUUGAAGUUGCAACUUUACAGGGUUCGGCUUUUGCUUCUCACUAGGAACCUCAAGGCAGCAAAGCGUGAAGUUAAGAUGGCUAUGGCUAUGAACGUAGCACGGGGGAAAGAUUCUUCCAUGGCUCUCCUCUUGAAGUCCCAGCUUGAGUAUGCACGUGGAAAUUACCGUAAAGCCAUCAAGCUCUUGAUGGCAUCGAGUAAUCGGACAGAAAUAGGGAUUUCAAGCAUAUACAACAACAAUUUGGGGUGCAUCUAUUAUCGACUCGGAAAAUAUCAUACGUCAACAAUCUUCUUUUCCAAGGCUUUGAGUAAUAGUUCAUCUCUUCGGAAGGAAAAACCAUUAAAGCUCUCGACUUUCUCACAGGACAAAUCACUCCAAAUUAUAUACAACUGUGGUGUUCAGUACUUGGCUUGUGGGAAACCAAUACUUGCCGCUCGUUGUUUCCACAAGGCGAGUUUAAUUUUCUACAACCGGCCUCUCCUGUGGUUCCGAAUCGCUGAAUGUUGUCUAAUGGCACUAGAGAAGGGACUUUUGAAAUCCGGUCCAGCCCAAUUGAAUGGAUCUGAUGUUAAAGUUCACGUGGUCGGAAUGGGAAAAUGGAGACAACUUGCUGUGGAAGAUGGGGUUUCGCGUAAUGGGAAGGUGGAUUUUGUUGGAACAGACGAUUGCUUUUUGGGUGAUGAUAAACAGCCUAAUCUCUCGCUGUCACUUGCCCGGCAGUCUCUGUUCAAUGCCCUGUACUUGUUGAACCGUUCUGAGUCGAAGUGUUCAAAUUCUGAUUCCCCUCAUAGUUCCACCUUGGAGGAAAACGAAUCAGGAGAGGUCACAUCGUCGAAUAAUACUAAUUACAGAAGUGGGUCUGGUGGUGAUCCCAAGGCAUCUAAUCUGAUGGUCGGCACGGGUCAAAUCAAUGGAAACGGGGAUGCUAAAGAACAGAAGGGUGGAAAUGGAAACGGUCUGAAUGCCGCUUUACCGAGCUCGAUAUCGGAUUAUGAAGAGAUUUGUGAAAGAGAGAAUCUGAUGAUCAAGCAAGCUCUUCUUGCUGACUUGGCAUACGUUGAGUUGGAAUUAGGAAAUCCUUUGAAGGCACUGUCAACGGCACGAUGUCUCUUAGAACUUCCAGAAUGUUCUAGAAUAUACAUUUUUCUAGGCAACGUGUAUGCAGCCGAGUCUCUCUGCUUGCUAAACCGGCCAAAGGAAGCCGCUGAGCAAUUGUUGAUCUAUUUGUCCGGUGAUAACAACAUUGAAUUACCGUACAGCAAAGAGGACUGCGAACAAUGGCGAGUAAUUAAAAACUUGGAUUGUGAGGAGUUGAAUGGCGGGUUUUCAAAGAACUCUUCGCUUGAUGAAUCACAAGAUGUCAUGUUUCUCAACCCCGAAGAGGCACGUGGAGCUCUUUAUGCAAACCAAGCUGCAAUUUUUGCUUUGCAGGGAGAGCUCGAGCAGGCUCAUCGGUCUGUGUUUCAAGCUUUAUUGUCAAUACCCGAUAGCCCAGAAGCAAUUGUUACUGCCAUUUACGUGGAUCUCAUGAUUGGGAAGACACAAGAAGCGCUCGCGAAGUUGAAACAGUGUAGUCGCGUUAGGUUUCUCUCGGGAAGUUCAAUGCUAAAAAACGCUUGUUGAUUGGUGGUGUCGGUGGAUUUUAGCACUGUUGAGUUUUAGUAGGUAGGUUAAAAAAUCCUUUUUUGAUGAGGAUUUUGUAACAUAUAUAUAGUUUCAACCCAGGGAAUAAGAUUUUUUUUCUUUUUUCUUUUCUUUUUUUUUGGUUACAAUUUUAUGUUUUAAUAUUUUUCAUUUUGUUGUAGGGUUCAGGGGAUUGGUGGUGGGUACAAUUGUUUUGGUUGGUCAUGAAAUGCCCCUACCCUAUAUGAUUUGAGAUGUAGUUCUGAUUCAGAAUAUUUUUUUUGUUGUUUUAGUGGCUAAAUCAGGUUGGUAUUCAAAGAUUAUAGAGGUCA